GCUAGAGAGGGAAAUGCGGGGUUUAGGGAGGAGACGGCGGGCAUCUGCCCCCUCUCGAAUCCUACACCGAGAGAGGGGGAACUAUUUUGCCUCCUCUUUGUAGCCAGAAACUAUCCCCCAAUUUCUCGAGAUUUUUUUCAGCGCAUUUCUGGACCUUUUGGUUGAAUCCACUAUAUCGCUCUCGUCCUUUGCCUCCACCAUGUUGCCAAAUCGGUGAUUUAGGGACAUCCAACUUUUUGAUCGGAGAUCUGCAACGUUGGAAACAUCGAGUUAUGUGAUCAAUUGGAGACCUAUUUGUUUGACCCUAGCACGCAAUUCUGAGAAACAUGGUAACGACAUCUUCUUCUGCAUUGCUAAAGUUUGCGAGGACAAUUGUGGCCUCUCGUUGCAUUGGUGAAGUUUGCAUGUCGAAGUUUUCGUGUUUUGAAAUCUCAUAUUGGCAUGGGUUAUCAAGAUUGUAACACUUCUUGUUCUUCAUCAACAAUGUGGUAUGACUAUACUAUCUUAGCGCCUCACUAAUGGGAACUUCAUAGGAAAAAUAAGAUUUUGUAGCGACCUACAUGUGAAUUGGGGUGUGUUCAGCUUCCCAUGGCUGUGCAAGCCCAUUCAAGGCCACAGAAUGUUUCGCGGCAAUUAUGGCCCGUGCUUCACCAUGCCGUCAGCGAGUGCUGCUUGAUCAUAAUGCUCGUUACGACUGCUGUGUUGUCAUACAUGGCCACAAGGUUCGCACGCAUGUGCAGCCUCCGGUCACCAUGUAUGUUAUGUUCGAGGUUGGAUCAAUUUCUACAUGGCAAGGCAUGGUUCUCUGAAGAACUAGUUUGUGCUACACACAGGAUAGAAAUAUCACGUUUGUCAUAUUGCCAGAGUCACAACAAGCUUGAGCGCUCUGAUGAUAUGUGUGAUAAGUGCAUGCUUUCUUGCAUGACCUCAAGUGGCAAGACCUAUAACCUGACAAACAUGCAUGGUAGGGAUAAGGUGAAGUCUCGGUCGAGAUCUAGGCACAAACACAUGUGCUCCUGUUGUUCGAUGCAGUUCAAGAAGAAACGAGAUUCACAUAUGCUACCUGACAUAACAAAUAGCUGGUUUCCAGGUGACGAUAUGAGCAAAUUAAAACAAAGAAACAUAGUCAUGUCAAGUGUUGGGUAUUCUUCAAAUGACGACUAUGAUCACUUGCCUUAUGAAGGAUAUAGAAAACUAAAGCUUGGCCAUGAAUCUGAAUAUGAUAUUCACAUCUCAAAUAGUGAUAAUGACGAGAGAAAUGCAGUAUCUCAUGAAGCUAGAGAAAGAGCCAAUCACAUGCCUAGUCAUGAUGCACUGCUGCAACCAAUGAUCUCUAAUGCCAGCGGCUUGUUGAUGCCUUCUUUUGAUAAUACUAUUAUGACAAAGGCCACACAACCACUGAAUAAUGUGAGAGAUACUGACACUCACUCUAGUGAUACCAAGGAUGCAAAUUCUUUGGAUCAUGCUAUUGGGCUUGUUUUGGAUGAUAUCAGCUGGAGUCAAAUCAAUACAAGUGACAAAAAUAUUGACGUACAGUCGAAGGCUAUCCCUGAAGAAGUUUUAGCAGAGCUCCCAAAAGAGAAAAGAAGCCCUGGUGUUGAAGCUGCAAAGGAUUUUAAUGCUUCUGCAAAUGCUGGAACAAGAUCAAGUGUAGACACUCAUAUUAGCUGGAACAACAGCCCAAAAAUUGCUUCUGCAUGUAGAGGCUAUUAUAAAUCUCCUCGUUUGUCUGAAAUAAUCUCAGCCCGGGACACCAAUUCAAAAACAAAUGAAGAAGUCAAGACAUUUCUAUCACAAUUGUCUACUGCACGGGGAUUUGAUAGCUCUUUGAAUGAGAUGACACCUAGAAGUAGCACACAUAUUGAUGACUACCGACAACAUGAUGCUACUGGUAUGACACCAUUUCUUGAUAGGAACAACUCAAAUCUAGAUUCAUUUGAUGCCAACACAACUAGUGAAGAUGAAGGUGAAAGUUCUUUGGAACACUUGAAGAAGCAGGCUAAGUUUAACAAGAAAAAAAUGGGUAUGCUUUAUAAGGAGCUCGAGGCAGAACGAAGUGCUUCAGCGGUGGCAGUAAGUGAAGCAAUGGCUAUGAUCAACAGGUUGCAAGAGGAAAAGGCUUCAAUGCACAUGGAAGCACUGCAGUAUCUUCGGAUGAUGGAAGAGCAGGCUGAUCAUGACCAGGAAGCAAUUGAAAAGCUAAAUGACUUGCUAACAGAAAGGGAGAAAGAAUUACUUGACCUAGAAGCUGAACUUGAGGGUUACCGGAGCAAGCUUCAUGAUCAACCAUUUGAUGUUGGAAAAUUUGGUGCUACUGAUGGAGCUAUGGCAUUCAGAGUCUUGGAAGGCUCAGAUUUCAUGAGGCAUACCAUAUUUGAUUUUGAAGAUGAAAAGGCAAAGAUUUUGGAGUCCUUGCACAGAUUGGAGGAAAUCCUAGGCAUGCCCAGCAUUGACAUGGGUGAUGCAAAUGAUUCUCUACAGAACAGUCUACUGAGUGAUCAGUCAAUGCACAUUAGCCAGGAUAUAGAAAAUUCAGAGUUGGAAAGUUUAUCGUUGCCUCGAGAGGACAUGAUUAGUGAAUCAAUUUCUUCACAGUGCUAUGAUGAGCAGGAAUCUGUUAAAUACAUGCAUAAGCACAUGCACAAUCACGAACAAGAUGAUAAUGAAUCCGUUGAUAAGCAACAAAAGAAUGUAACUUCAUGUUCCCACUCAGAUGAUGGAAAUAUUCAUACUAUGAAAAGUGUUAAACAUGAAAUUUCUCUCCUUAAUGCAAGAUUCAAGGCACUUGAAGCAGAUCAGGAUUUUCUCAAGCAAAUCCUAAGAUCUCUUAAUGUUAGCAGUGAUGGAGUAGAAUGUAUCCAGGAGAUAACAAGCCAUUUGCGAGAGCUGCGAAGAAUCAUGGCAGACCAAAGGGACAUGACAGUUUUUAUGAGGUCAUGAUAAUUGAUUGGUCACUAUGAAGGUUACUAUUUAUAGUGUAACGCCUCUUGUUUCAGUUUUUGCAUCGUUGAUGACGCUACUGCUAGCUACUGUGCCAUGAUGGCGAAUUUCAUGGUAGCAUGAUGCUCGAAGAUGUGGCAAAUGGAAAUGGCAGUGGGAGAGCAUCACCCAGGCGUGAUUCUGCACAGCAUGGGAACUCCAAAACAUACAUCUCGGGGAUCUGACAAGAUCCCUAGGCACCAGUGAUAAUUUACUACCGAGAAAUAGAUAUUUAUAUAUAUUGUAUGAUCUAGUUGUUGUGGUGGUUAACUGCUAGGAGCUAGUUUGUUAAUGUAAUUAAAAAUCUCUAGGUUUUGUUGAGAUCAGUUCUAUUAGUUAGCUAGCUAGUGAUCAUGGGCUGAUGAGUUCGCAUGUAGGCCUAGGAUUCUCACGACGACAUACAGGCGUCACGUUCUGUUUAGGACAGAAUGCCUAAGAUUCUCACGAAAACCAACUUCAUUCUUGGUAUAGUUGUGAUGGAGAGCCUCAAGAGCAACCCACAACCACAACAAUCAUGAGAAUAUAACUACUGAAACAAUCAUCAUUUGU